AAGCGCGGCGCGGUGGGGCCAGGUACACUCAGUUUGUCCCGUUAACUUCCAGUGGUGGCUUGACGCCGCUUUUCUCAUUAAUAUCUGCGCGGUCAGUUCUGUUGUAGACUGUAGGGCAACCAGAGUCAUGGACACCGCCGUGGCAAAGCAGCUCGUAGACAAGAUUUAUGAGAAGAGAAAGGCAGCCGCUCUCGAAUUAGAGAAGCAGAUUCGGGAAUGCCACCAACAAAGUGACCAACGUCGUAUAACCCAGAUCAUUGAACAGCUAGUGGAUAUGUUCAGCAAUGCGUCAAAUCCCCUUCACAUCAGAAAUGGAGGACUCAUUGGCCUAGCUGGUACAGCUAUUGCCCUCGGCGUUGACGUCGCCCCGUACAUGGAGAAAUUCAUCGAACCUGUCCUGGCAUGCUUUACGGAUCCAGAAAACAGAAUACGAUAUUUCUCCGCCGAAUGUUUGUACAACAUCGCCAAGGUGUCCAAGGGCGAGGUUCUUGUUUACUUCAACCCUAUAUUCGACGCCCUCAGUAAACUAGCUGCUGAUUCAGAGCUAUCGGUCAAGAAUGGGGCGGAACUGCUUGAUAGACUUCUGAAGGAUAUUGUGGCAGAGACAGCUUCGGUGUAUAUUCCGCAGUAUCCAGAGACGGAGAGGAUUCGCGACUUGUUCGAUUCUCAGGAGCAGAGUAUACUUGUUGCUUACCCCGAUGACCGAUCCCUAGGAGAAAACGUCACUGUGCAGAAGAAGGCAUUCUCCCUCGCGCGCUUCAUUCCGCUUCUGCAAGACAGGAUAUAUGUUCUUAGUCCGUUCACAAGGAGCUACUUGGUAUCAUGGAUAACGGUGCUUGACUCGGUCCCGGAGCUCGAGCUUAUAACGUACCUCCCAGAGUUCCUAGACGGCCUCUUGAAGUACCUAUCAGACCCCACCGAGGAUGUGCGCGUAGCCACAGAAAACAUUCUUGCCGAUUUCCUACGUGAAAUCAAAGACGUCAGUAUGGUUCGUCAACGCAAAGAAGAACACGCUGAGUCCUCCGAUCUACGACGCUCAGAUGAGAAGCUUCCUGAUAUCACGAUGUCUCACUCUGAACGCGCACUUUUCAUCCCUGAGAGUGACUUUGGUCACGAUCAUGAUGGAGAGUACAGUUUGAAGGAUGAGCACAAAUCAGAAGACUAUCGCGGCACUGGAGCCUUGGUUCCUGGGCAGGGUGUGCGGAUAGACUAUGCAGCCAUAAUAGAAAUUCUCAUACAACAACUUGACAACCAACAUGACGAAAUUCAACAAUCUACAGCGCUUCGUUGGUUUGCCGAGUUCUUAACCUUUGUGCCCGAUGUUAUGGUGCCUUUCACGCCUCGCCUUAUUCCUGCCAUACUCCCGAAUCUAGCACACCAUGUCCCGAUGAUCCAGUCGGCUGCAAUCCGGACCAACACGCUGCUUUCGAGCGUCAUCCAAAACCUACCCGGGCCAGUGGAGGGCCUAUCUCGACAGAACACACUAGAGAAGUCAACCGUGCCAGCAAGCUCACCGACCCCAAUUCCCCAACCUUCACGACAAAUAACUGUACAGCCACCGUCCAGAGAUGCCUCUUCUCCCGAGUCAAUGGGCGAUAACCAGCCAUCAUCUUCAUCCGAUAAGACCACCAUGAUCCAGCGUCCUCGCUCAGGGACAAUGCAAACUACCGUCACGGAAUCUUCGAGCAGGCCUCAAUCACGCAUGUCAUCAAAUAGUGUAGUGGGUGCUCCGCCACCUCCACCACCUCCAGCUCCAUCACCUCCUUCACCCGUGCAGGAGGAAGCAGACCAGUUUAAUUAUCAGGCGACGGUUAAUGAGCUGACGAUACAGUUUUUGAGCGAGCAUGAACAGACUAGGGUUGCUGCACUGAAGUGGCUUAUAAUGCUGCACCAGAAAGCACCGAAGAAGAUUCUUGCGAUGGAUGAUGGUACUUUCCCGGCGUUGCUGAAGACGUUGUCGGAUUCGUCCGAAGAGGUUAUCAAGCAAGACCUGCAGCUCCUCGCGCAAAUAUCGUCCUCCUCAGAAGAGAGCUACUUCAAGGUUUUCAUGAUGAACCUUCUCGAACUCUUCAGCACAGAUAGGAAGCUGCUUGAGGCCCGCGGCAGUCUCAUCAUUCGCCAGUUGUGUCUCAAUCUCAAUACGGAGAAGAUAUAUAAGACGUUUGCAGAAAUUUUGGAGAAAGAAGAGGAUCUGGAGUUUGCAAGCGAGAUCGUGCAGAAGUUGAAUAUGAUCCUGAUUACUUCGCCUGAGCUGGCGGAGUUCCGAAAACGGCUGAAGAGCCUUGAGACAAGGCAAGAUGGCCAAGCGCUGUUUACCACGCUUUACAGGUCAUGGUGCCAUAAUGCGGUUGCAGUGUUUUCGUUGUGCCUGCUUGCGCAGGCUUACGAGCAUGCAUCAAAUUUGCUAUCUAUCUUUGCUGAUUUGGAGAUCACCGUCCCACUGCUAAUCCAAGUCGACAAAUUAGUGCAGCUGAUCGAAUCUCCCGUGUUCACUUAUCUACGCCUUCAACUCCUCGAGCCUGAGCGUUACCCCUACUUGUUCAAGUGCCUAUAUGGGCUGCUCAUGCUGCUCCCCCAAUCCACCGCUUUCGUUUCACUCCGUAACCGUCUCAACGCAGUCAACUCUGCCGGCUUCCUCCAUAUUGCCCCAAAAGCGGCACCCAACCCCGUCACCUCACGUUCGAAGCUCGGCCGCGAUGAGAUCAAAUGGCAAGAACUUCUCAACCAUUUCCGCGCGCUACAAAGCAAGCACGAGAAAGCGCGACGUCAGGAUCUUGGGAAUGCUUCAUCUCAGGACGAUAUCACCAUUACACCGCUCUCGCCGUCCGCAUCCGCCAAACCCCCAAUGCGGCGGCGAGUGACAGGUGACCUCCCAGUGCCGCCAAUUAUCCCGUCGAAGCCUGCACUGAGCCCGCUCAAUCCCAAGGCAAGGCAGAAUGGGCUGCUGGCAAGCACGUUGCAGGGUGCGACGACACCGGGGAUAAUGCAACAGAGGCCGAGGCGGACUCUGGGCUUACCUGGAGUAGGACCCAGAAAGGGGUGAAUAGGUUUUGUUUUUGAUUGAUUUGGUUUGCAGCGGACAUACAGUACAUACUUGCAUGCACAUGAUACUUUAAUGGUGGAUAACAUGAUGAAUCAAUGAUGAGCAGUGGUGAUGGGCAUCGGUCAUAUGAUGCAAGG